UGCGGUUGUGUUCAUUUCUCUGCACCUCCUCCUCUUGUCUCUCAUAUCAGCCUCUCAUCAGCAGCAGCAGCACUGGGAAGAGAGGAUGCUGCCUGCACACAGCACGGCCCACACAGCACGGCCAGCUUAAGUAAGAACUGAUGGCAGCUUUAAAUACUGUUGCAACCGAACUGAUCUGCUAAACCAAUUUGCAAUGCCACCCCUUCAGCCAGUGGCUGUGGUACAGUCCUUAGGAGCUGUGUCUGCACCUAGGAUGGUAAACGCCUGAUUGUAGCGCUGGAGCUCUAGGAGUGCGACUAGCUGACGAUAAAGGAGUGCUGCUUGCUUCUGUACGAGAUUAUCACUUGCUGACCCAUAGAACCGUACCUGUCACCGUCAUCUUGUUUCCAUCCUUAACGGGCUGCAGACUGAUGAGAGAUAAUACGUCCAAGGUGGAUUUAUCUGCUGCUUGAUUAACAAAGAAGCGGUCAGGCAAGGGCACCACAGCUCGGAUAUGGAAAGACCUACACAGGGCAAAAGAAAUCAUCCUGGGGGAUCAGGGCUGCUCAAAGUUUCCUCUCAAUAGGAUAUGUGAUAUAGGUGGCAGUAACAUCUGAUGGGAGCAGUGGUUGGAGAUUACAUGAGAAUGAGAAGAAGAGAGGAACAGCUCUCUUUUACAAUAUUGCACAUUGGGCUUCACGACUCUGAAAUAAUCCUUUUAAUGAAAUAUGGAGCAGAUGGAUAGUAAGCCUUACCAACCAUUAUCAAAAACUAAGCAUGAAAUAGAUCAUGCUUACACCAGCUCUUCAGAAGAUAGUGAAGAUGAACGAAAGCCAAGACAAUCAUACAACUCAAGAGAAACUCUUCAGGAAUGUGCACAAGAUAUAAGACUAAAUUACAACAACCAUAGCAGCAGGAAAAGAAAAGCAGUUGAAGAUCCCACUCAAGAGAUGGAAUAUUGUGAGUCUCCACACAUUUUAUGCUCUGGCUACCAGACCAAUAUACACAACGCUGCACAGCAUAACUACCCACUAGAGGUGGGUUCUGAUGCGGAUACGGAGACCGAAGGAGCAACUUCACCAGAACAUGCCCUGAGGAUGUGGAUGAGAGAGAUUAAAUCAGAGCACAGUUCCUGCUUGUCAAGUAGAGCCAACUCUGCACUGUCGCUAACUGAUACUGACCAUGAGAGGAAGUCUGAUGGGGAGAAUGACUGGACUAGACUAUUAGACUGUGGGACCUGUUCACCAAAAAAGAUUCCCGGAAGUCCACGAAACCAGUUUACCUUCAGGCCUCUCCCGCCUCCGCCACCACCACCACAUGCGUGCACCUGUAGUCGACAGACUUCGCAGACUUUGGAUACUCUCCAGAGGAGCUCCAUGACAUCUCGCAGUCAGCCAAGUCCAGCUGUUUCUAACCCUCCCACAAGCACUCAAGAUUCUGUGCACCUGCAUAACAGCUGGGUCUUAAACAGCAACAUACCCUUGGAGACCAGGCAUUUUCUCUUCAAGCAUGGAUCUGGUACAUCUCCAAUCUUCAGUGCUGCCAGCCAGAACUACCCUUUAACUUCAAAUACAGUUUACUCUCCACCUCCAAGACCUCUGCCCAGGAGCACCUUCUCCAGGCCUGCCUUCACGUUUAGCAAAUCAUACCGGUGCUGUAACUGGAAAUGCACAGCCCUGAGUGCUACAGCAAUUACAGUAACACUUGCACUCCUACUAGCAUACGUUAUCGCAGUUCACUUGUUUGGAUUAACUUGGCAACUUCAGCCGGUUGAGAACCAGCUUUAUGAGAAUGGAGUCAGUAAAGGAAGCAGAGGAGAUGAGUCUGCUGACACCACUUACUCACCACUAGGAGGAAAGGCUUCUGAUAAAGCAGAGAAAAAAGUAUAUCAAAGAGGAAGAGCAAUAGAUUCUGGAGAGGUGGAAAUCGGGAAGCAGAUUGUGCAGACCAUCCCUCCUGGGUUAUUCUGGCGUUUCCAAAUUACUAUACAUCAUCCAAUGUAUUUAAAAUUUAAUGUUUCAUUUUCAAAAGACUCCCUUCUUGGUAUAUAUGGCAGAAGAAAUAUCCCACCGACGCACACACAGUUUGAUUUUGUAAAGUUGAUGGAUGGAAAGCAUUUAAUAAAGCAAGAACCAAAAAAUGCAGAAAGCCCGCAGCACGCACCUCGGAGUCUAAUUCUGGCAUCUUUACAAGAGACAGGCUUCAUUGAGUAUAUGGAUCAAGGUGCAUGGCACUUAGCGUUUUACAAUGACGGAAAGAAGAUGGAACAAGUCUUUGCAUUAACAACUGCAAUAGAAAUGAUGGAUGAUUGCUCAACCAAUUGCAAUGGGAAUGGAGAAUGCAUAUCUGGCCAUUGUCACUGCUUUCCCGGAUUCCUGGGACCGGACUGCUCCAGAGAUUCCUGUCCGGUAUUAUGCAGCGGCAACGGUGAAUAUGAGAAGGGACAUUGUGUGUGUAGGAAUGGCUGGAAAGGAGCAGAGUGUGAUGUUCCAGAGGAGCAGUGUAUUGACCCAACCUGCUCUGGCGGCCAUGGGACAUGUAUAAUGGGGGUCUGUAUCUGUGUACCAGGAUAUAAAGGAGAAAUAUGUGAAGAAGAGAAUUGCCUGGAUCCAUCAUGUUCUGACCACGGUGUAUGUGUACAAGGAGAGUGCCACUGCACUGCUGGCUGGGGAGGUGUGAAAUGUGAGAAUGUUCUAGCACUGUGUCAAGAGCAGUGUUCUGGCCAUGGAACCUUCCUAUUGGACAGCGGUGUCUGCAGCUGUGAACCACAGUGGACAGGUGUAGACUGUUCUACAGAACUGUGCGCAGUGGACUGUGGAAGUCAUGGUGUAUGCUCAGGAGGUGUCUGUCAAUGUGAAGAUGGCUGGGGAGGAGCCAGCUGUGAAGAACGCAUCUGUCACCCAAACUGUGCUGAACAUGGUCAGUGUAAAGAUGGAAAAUGUGAAUGUAGCCCAGGAUGGGAGGGUGAACGAUGUACAAUUGCUCACUACUUGGAUGCUGUACGAGAUGGCUGCCCAGGUCUUUGUUAUGGCAAUGGGAGGUGCACACUUGACCAGAAUGGGUGGCACUGCGUAUGUCAAGUCGGCUGGAGUGGAAUAGGGUGCAAUGUUAUUAUGGAAAUGGUUUGUGCUGAUAAUAUGGACAACGAUUCAGAUGGUCUGACAGAUUGUGUGGAUCCUGAUUGCUGCCAGCAAGCCAUUUGCUUCUCAAGCCCUCUCUGUCAAGGUUCACCUGACCCACUAGACCUCAUCCAGCAAAGCCAGCCACCCUUUUCCCAGCAUCCUCCGAGACUCUUCUAUGACCGCAUUAGAUUCCUUAUUGGCAAGGACAGUACUCACGUAAUUCCUGGAGAAAUAAGUCUUGACAGCAGUCACGUCUGUGUGGUUCGUGGUCAAGCAGUAGCUGUGGAUGGGACACCACUGGUAGGUGUCAAUGUCAGCUUUGUGCACCAUAACGACUAUGGAUAUACAAUCAGCCGGCAAGAUGGAAGCUUUGAUCUUGUCACUAUUGGUGGCAUCUCUAUUACGCUACUUUUCGAGAGAUCCCCUUUUAUUGCUGUGAAAAGGACUCUGUGGCUUCCUUGGAAUAAAUUCAUUGUGGUUGACAAAGUUGUCAUGCAGAGGACAGAUAUAGAGGCCCCGUUAUGUGACAUGAGCAGCUUUAUCAACCCAAAUCCAGUCGUUCUACCUUCUCCAUUAACAACAUUUGCUGGAUCAUGUUCACAAAGAGGACCUGUCAUCCCUGAACUACAGGUGGUACAAGAAGAAAUCAUCAUGCCAUCUAGUUUUGUGAAGCUCAGCUACCUGAGUAGUCGCACACUUGGAUAUAAGAGUCUCAUACAUAUUAUACUAACACACGCAACUAUCCCUACUGGCCUAAGCAAAGUGCAUCUAAUUGUAGCAGUGGAAGGACGGCUUGUACAGAAAUGGUUUCCUGCUGCUAUUAACCUGGUUUAUACCUUUGCUUGGAACAAAACAGAUAUUUAUGGACAGAAAGUAUCUGGUCUCUCAGAAGCACUAGUAUCGGUUGGAUAUGAAUAUGAAUCGUACCCAGACCUUGUGCUAUGGGAAAAGAGGACGGUCACCUUGCAAGGAUUUGAGAUGGAUGCUUCCAAUCUUGGUGGAUGGUCCUUCAACAAACAUCACAUAUUAAAUCCUCAAAAUGGAAUAUUGCACAAAGGAGAUGGAGAAAAUAUAUUCAUUUCUCAGCAGCCCCCAGUGAUCUCUACACUAAUGGGCAAUGGGCAACAGAGAACACUCUCCUGCUCUACUUGCAGUGGACCGAUGCUUAACAACAAACUCUAUGCUCCUGUUGCUAUGGCAACUGGACCUGAUGGUAGUAUCUACAUUGGAGAUUUCAACUUUGUAAGACGGAUACACCCAAAUGGAAAUGUCAUCAGCAUUUUAGAGCUUAGAAACAGAGAUACAAGACACAGUACUAGCCCGGCUCACAAGUAUUACUUGGCAGUGGAUCCUUCUUCAGAAGCUGUUUAUCUGUCUGACACCAAUACUAGAAAAGUCUACAGAGUGAAAUCUCUUACAGAUGUGAAGGAGCUGACAAAGAACUUUGAAGUGGUUGCAGGGACAGGAGACCAAUGCCUUCCAUUUGACCAAAGUCACUGUGGAGAUGGUGAAAAAGCAAAUGAAGCUUCACUGAACAGUCCAAGAGGCAUUACUGUGGAUGCACAUGGCUUCAUAUAUUUUGUUGACGGUACCAUGAUACGAAAAAUUGAUGACAGAGGUAUCAUUUCAACAGUCAUAGGCCUCAAUGGGUUAACCUCAACUCAGCCCUUAAGCUGUGACUCAGGGAUGGAUAUCAGCCGGGUUCGACUAGAAUGGCCGACUGACCUAGCUGUCAAUCCUAUGGAUAACUCAUUAUAUGUCUUGGACAAUAACAUUGUGCUCCAGAUUUCUGACAAUAACCAAGUGAGGAUUAUUGCUGGUAGGCCCAUACAUUGCCAAGUUCCAGGUAUAGACUAUUUCCUUGUUAGCAAAGUAGCAAUUCACUCCACCCUGGAAUCUGCUCGAGCCAUUGCUGUGUCGCACAAUGGGAUUGUCUACAUCGCUGAAACAGAUGAAAGAAAGAUUAACAGAAUACAGCAAGUCACCAGUAAUGGAGAGAUAUCCACUUUAGUUGGAGCACCCACAGACUGUGAUUGCAAGAUUGACCCAAAUUGUGAUUGCUUCUCAGGUGAUGGUGGAUUUGCAAAAGACGCCAGGCUUAAAGCGCCCUCCUCGUUAGCUGUGUCUCCAGAUGGCACGCUGUACAUAGCUGAUCUUGGCAACAUACGCAUCCGAGCAGUCACCAGAAACAAGCCUCAUUUAAAUGCCAUGAAUAUGUAUGAGGUUGCCUCUCCAGCAGACCAAGAAUUGUAUCAAUUCAGUACCAAUGGGACUCAUCUACACACUUUAAACCUUAUAACUAGGGACUAUGUAUACAAUUUCACCUAUAACGGCGAUGGGGAUAUUAUAUCUGUCACCAGCAGUAAUGGUAAUUCAGUACAUAUACGAAGAGAUGCUGGCGGGAUGCCCCUGUGGCUGGUGGUUCCUGAAGGACAAGUCUACUGGCUCACGAUCAGUAACAAUGGAGUGCUGAAAAGGAUAUCAGCUCAAGGAUAUAACCUAGCACUGAUGACGUAUCAUGGUAAUACCGGGCUUCUGGCAACCAAAAGCAAUGAGAAUGGCUGGACUACUGUUUAUGAGUAUGACCUUGAAGGACAUUUAACAAAUGCAACCUUUCCAACUGGAGAAGUCAGCAGUUUCUACAGCGACAUGGAGAAAUCCACUCGGGUCGAGCUAGACACUUCAAACAGAGAAAAUGUUGUCACCACAACUAAUAUAUCUGCAACAAGCAUUGUAUAUGCUUUAAAACAAGAAAACACUCUUAACACCUAUCGUGUUAACCCUGAUGGCUCCCUACGCGUCACCUUUGCCAGUGGGAUGGAAAUCAGCCUUAAUGCAGAGCCCCACAUACUAGCAGGAGUGGUCAGCCCAACUCUGGGUAAAUGUAAUAUCUCGCUCCCUGGGGAGCACAGUCCAAAUCUUAUUGAGUGGCGACAACGUAAAGAGCAGCACAAAGGCAAUAUCUCCUCUUUUGAAAGACGCUUAAGGGCUCAUAACAGAAAUUUGUUAUCCAUUGAUUUUGAUCACAUCACCAGAACAGGAAAGAUCUACGAUGAUCACAGAAAAUUCACUCUUCGUAUUCUUUAUGAUAAAACUGGAAAUCCCAUCCUGUGGUCACCAAACAGCAAGUAUCAUGAAGUUAACAUCACAUAUUCCCCUACUGGGCGAGUAACUUCUAUACAAAGAGGAACAUGGACUGAGAAAAUAGAAUAUGAUGAAAAUGGAAAGAUGGUGUCAAGAAUUUGGGCCAAUGGUAAAAUAUGGAGUUAUACGUAUGAGGAAAAGACUAUAAGCCUCUUUCUACAUAGCCAGCGGCGUUACAUCUUUGAAUACGAUCAUUCAGAUUAUCUUGCUGCUGUAACAAUGCCUAACAUGGUCCGCCAUAGUCUGCAGACAAUGCUAUCUGUUGGUUAUUUCAGAAAUAUUUAUAAUCCGCCAGACAACGUUGGGGCUUUCAUUCAAGAUUACAGUGGGGACGGUCGACUUCUGAUGACAUUACAUCUUGGAACAGGACGCAGAGUCUUGUAUAAAUACACCAAGCAAACAAGGCUCUCUGAAAUUCUCUAUGAUACUACUCAGGUUACAUUUACCUAUGAAGAAUCGAGUGGAGUCAUUAAAACAAUUCAUCUAAUGCAUGAAGGAUUUGUUUGUACUAUCAGAUACAGACAAACAGGUCCUCUGAUUGGGCGACAGAUCUUUAGGUUCAGUGAAGAAGGUCUUGUUAAUGCCAGGUUUGACUACAGUUAUAACAACUUCCGAGUUACCAGUAUGCAAGCCAUGAUAAAUGAAAUUCCUCUUCCCAUAGACUUGUACCGUUAUGUUGAUGUCUCUGGGAGGACUGAACAAUUUGGAAAAUUUAGUGUGAUUAAUUAUGAUCUGAAUCAAGUUAUCACAACUUCAAUGAUGAAGCAUACUAAAAUAUUUAGCUCUAGCGGACAAGUCAUUGAAGUUCAGUAUGAAAUUCUAAAGGCUAUAUCUUAUUGGAUGACUAUCCAGUAUGACAACAUGGGCCGGAUGAUUAUGUGUGGCAUACGAGUAGGUGUAGAUGCUAACUUAACAAGAUAUUCUUAUGAAUAUGAUCCAGAUGGACAGCUUCAGGCUGUGUCUGUAAAUGAUAAACUUCAGUGGCGUUAUAGCUAUGAUCUAAAUGGAAACAUCAACCUGCUAAGCCAUGGAAAUAGUGUUCGCCUGACUCCACUGAGAUAUGACAUAGGGGACCGCAUUACUCGUUUGGGAGAAAUUCAGUAUAGAAUGGAUGAAGAUGGAUUCUUAAGGCAGAGAGGCAAUGAUAUAUUUGAGUACAAUUCCAAUGGUCUUUUGAUCAAGGCAUAUAAUAAGGUUGCAGGAUGGAAUGUACAAUACCGAUACGAUGGACUUGGAAGACGUGUUGCAAGCAAGUCAAGUACAGGCUCUCACCUGCAGUUUUUCUAUGCAGAUCUAGCCAAUCCAAUAAGAGUUACUCAUUUGUACAACCACAGUAGCUCUGAAAUAACAUCACUAUAUUAUGACCUUCAAGGCCACCUUAUUGCCAUGGAAUUAAGCAGUGGAGAGGAGUAUUAUGUUGCAUGUGACAAUACAGGAACGCCCCUGGCAGUUUUUAGCAGUCGGGGCCAGGUGAUAAAAGAAAUUCUGUACACACCAUAUGGUGACAUCUAUGAAGACACCAAUCCAGAUUUUGAGAUAAUCACUGGGUUUUAUGGAGGACUGUAUGAUUCCCUUACUAAACUAGUACAUCUUGGUCAAAGAGAUUAUGAUGUUGUUGCUGGAAGAUGGACUACACCCAAUCACCAUAUAUGGAAAAAAAUAAACACUGAACCAAGGCCUUUUAACUUGUAUGCAUUUGAAAACAACUAUCCAGUUGGCAAGACCCAGGAUGUGGCACAGUAUACCACAGACAUUGGGAGCUGGUUGGAGCUGUUUGGUUUUCAGCUACAUAAUGUACUCCCUGGAUUUCCAAAACCAGAAGCAAAGGGAUUUGAGUCAACGUAUGAGUUACUGCAGCUUCAAACCAAGACCCAGGAGUGGGACCCUGGGAAGACAAUUCUUGGUAUUCAGUGUGAGCUACAGAAGCAGCUGAGAAACUUCAUUUCCUUAGACCAACUUCCAAUGGCUCCAAAACAAACUGGUUGGAAAUGCCAGGAAACAAUAAAAUAUCCCAGAUUUGCAGCUGUGUCAUCUCUAUUUGGGAAAGGCAUCAAAUUUGCAAUCAAAGAUGGAGUUGUGACUGCAGAUGUCAUUGGAGUGGCUAAUGAAGAUAGUCGCCGCAUUGCUGCCAUUUUAAAUAAUGCCCACUACCUGGAAAACUUGCAUUUUACUAUAGAAGGUCGAGAUACUCACUACUUCAUUAAAUUGGGCUCCUUAGAAGAAGACCUUACUGUCAUUGGAAACAGUGGUGGUGGCCGUAUUCUGGAGAAUGGAGUCAAUGUUACUGUGUCUCAAAUGACUUCAGUGGUCAAUGGGAGGACUAGACGGUUCGCUGACAUACAGCUUCAACAUGGCACCUUGUGCUUUAAUGUUCGCUAUGGAACAACCAUUGAAGAAGAGGAGGAUCAUGUUCUGGAAUUGGCAAGGCAGAGAGCGGUGGCCCAGGCUUGGACUAAGGAGCAGAAGAGAUUGCAGGAAGGAGAGGAAGGCAUAAGGAUGUGGACAGAAGGAGAAAAACAACAACUUUUAAGCACAGGGAAAGUCCAAGGCUAUGAUGGAUAUUUUGUUCAUUCAGUGGAUCAGUACCUAGAACUUUCUGAUAGUGCCAACAAUAUUCAUUUCAUGAGACAGAGUGAAGUAGGCAGGAGGUAACAAACAAACAAAAGACAUUCUUUGCCUUUGCGUCACCAAAGACUGCCUGUUUUUAAAACAUAAAUGGUUUAUUGUAACAAUUUUUUAGAUCAGAUCUCUGUAUAUGUAAAUAUAAAGAAAACAUAUCCAACUGCCUUUAAAUGUGACAGAAGAUGGUAUUUUAAUAUUGUUAGUUGAACAAUGUAAUUCUGAAUGCACCAGGGAGGUCUUUUAUCAUAAUGCUGAGUGAUGUGUUUAAAGUAAACUUGUCACCUGUGCACAGUUGUGUGGUGGCAAUCAUUUUGUGGGCUGAAGCAAUAUUGUGAGAAAGCAACCUAUCGAUACAAUAUGAAUAAGUGACAUCACAGAAACAGGAAGUGAUGUGCACAGAGCCUGGGCUGUAUUCUCGUGAAUAUUGGUGCAUCUCACUAAUUGGCUACCUUCUCUGUGUAAUUCACAGGCACAUUGUAAGGCCUCUCAAGUGCUCAUGGGAUUUAAAAAAUGACCGUAAAGCUUCUUAUAUCUUGUGUGGCAGUAUUCAGCAUUUUCGCUUGCAUAUUAACCACUACGAAGUUGCCACUCUUUUCUGGAAACUAGAGCUCAUGUGAUGCUAUAGCAUCUAGAUGAAAAAAAAAAAAAAACCUACCUAAAGUAUUAGUAAGUAUAUGAUAAAAACUAAAUAUGUAAUACUGAAAUCCUGUCAUUGUUUCUUAUUUUUUCAUAAAUUAACAUUAUUUCAAAUAAAAAAUUAAGUGUUACGAGUCAUGAAUACUCCUGUUGAGCUCUAAACCUACCCAUUAACUCCACAAUUCAAGCAGUACUGUUCUAUUAUUAGAUAUAAUUAGUAGGCUUAAAAGCAUUAAUGAGGUUUUAUGUUCUUUCAACUGAUCAUCAAACUAUUGCUAAUGACUCACUGAUUUGAUCAUCUAUUAUCUGUUUAUAAUACAAAAGUAAGACACUACAGUUAUAAACUUCUCUACAGAUCUGUCUGUAUAAAUGGUAAGUUUGAUAAUCAUAAUUAUAAGCAGUGAGUUCUGAUGUCAUAACUUCAGUGCUCACUAUGAAGUUAGUGAAUUAUUAGGAUUAAUGCACUGCUUACGGUAUAGUAUUAGGAAUAUUAGAAGCCACAUUAGCUGUUUGUAACCUGUACAAAAGAUGUUUACAGCCGUGUAUAUUUAUCUUGUGAAAAAGUUCAUGCGUGACUUCUAAUUCCUAUACAAAUGGCAUUAGGUAGUAGGUUAUCCUAUGUAUAAAGGAAAUAAACCUCUUUUUUGUGGAACCAGAAUAUUAAAUAAUAUUGCAACAUUUGCAAAUGUUGGUUGCAUAUAGUGAUGUUUGGCCAAGUGUAUAGGUGCACAGUAUUUACUCCAUCUUGCCCUUAAUGUUAUAUGCUGUAUACAGCAUACUACUGCUUUUAAUUUUCUCGUCUCCAUUCUUAACAAACACAACCUAACUCCUAUUUUGAGUAUAACAAUAAAGAAAAUAUGUGUUUGAACAUAUUGUGUGAAUCUAAGUAUAGCUAGGGAUACUGGGUCUGAUUCCAAGGUUUGAGCAAACCUAUGGCUGCUAGAAUGGAACCAAGCUGCUGGAGCCUUUAUAACUGUAUACACAGAUGUAGUCACUGGCUGCGACACACCUGUAUCUGACUAGACACCCCCCUGUUACAGUACUUCCCAUAUAUGUUCACUAGCCAUCAAUCACUGAGUCCAAAUUCUCAUUGUGACCAAAGACAGUGCACAGUCACGUCGCAUGUGUCAUGGGACUCAGCUGUAGAACAACCAAAAUCAUUCCACUGUGCAGACAUCAGCAUGGCAUCCACCUCUGAAUUAGAACCACUGUUUUUUUUAUUUUAACAGAGAUCCCACCAAUAACUUUCCUGUUGUUGUUGUUCGACAUUGAAACAGCUUGCAAUCUGAUUGCUGGUCAUGAUACUCUAAAGCCUUUGACAGGAUUUCCACACUAUCCACCAUUAUUUUGCAUAUUGCCCUUCCAUCACAACUGUUCUGCACUAUCUCACACAGCAUCCUCUUCCUGCUUCAUCAUCACUGAGACCUUUUUUUUUAAAAAAGUGGCAAUCAUUUACAAUGCAUGGUUGUGCCUUGAAAAUGAAUGCUGCUUUAAAGAAAACCUAUGAGUUUGGCCAGCAUCCCGCACCUCCGGCCAACUCUGACCCUAUUACAUAUGCCCCACAAUGUUAGAUCCACCGGGAUCCUUACAUUGGCACCCUUCCCAGUCAACUGGCACUUAGUAGCACCCCUUGAUCCAGAUCCCGGCACCUUUCCCUCUCCCUGGUCACCAGGCUCCAGUAACUCUCUUCCUUUACCUUGAUACUCCCUCUCAACUGACAUUCCUUCAUUCUGUGAUGCAACCCACUUACACCUUAGUCCUAACAAUGUGUUUAUUUCCCUGGGAUCCCUGGCUCCCAAUUCUCUCUCUUUUUAAAACCUCAUCUUUACAUCUUUCCGUAUCACUUGGUACCCAGACCAUCAACUCUUAUCUGUUCCUGUCACUCCACCUUUAUCAUGAAUCUCCCUCUCCCCUGGCACCUUUUCCUCAUCCAUGUGGUUCAGUGCCCUUUAAUACUUCCUCACAACACCCCAUCUGCUUGGAUCCUUUCUUUGUUCUCUGAAACCUUUUGUUUUUUCCUUGGCACCUGUUCUAUACCCCGCCCUGGGAUCUAGUCCAGUAGCAGUCUUUCCUGAUUACUCUAGCACCCAGUCUACUUGGACCACCUCCCUGCCCCCUGACACUUUCACUUUUUCCUGUUAACCUCUAGUAUUCUGUCCACUGGAACAGAGUUCCUCCCUUUGGGUUGGACUCUGGUCCUUUACCCUGGCACCUGUUCCUUGGCAGCCCUCCCUCUCAGAUGACACCCAGUCCUCUCUUCUGAAUCUUUUUACUCUUUCUUCUCUCACAUGGUACCUAGUCUCAUUGGGCCCUCUUCAAGCUUCCUGAGACCUUCCUUUUUGCUCUGGUUCAUACUCCUUACCUCUAAUAUCCUGUUCUCUGACACCCUCUCAUUGCCUUUGUUUGAAAUAAAAAGAGAAACAAAAUUAAUAUUUUCUUAUUUUUUUUAUAUAUUUAUUCAAUAACUUUAAAUAAAACAUUGUUUUUGCACUUUAGAAAAAAAAAACAGGCAGCAACCCUAAAUAUAAUUUCAGUAAACAACAAUUAAAACAGUUAGGCGUAUUAUAUCAUUUUGUUUAUUGUUUUCUCCAUUAAAUUUAGAAUAACUGCAGGUGUUACUGUUGCUAUUACUGUUAAUAAGAAAUAUUAGUACAUGUUUGAAUUUUCUACAAAUAGCAAUACCCUAAAGACAAUGGACAUCAUACCACACCAAUGAAUUAAAACCUAAGCAAUUCUUUCUAAGGAAAUGAAUUGUAAAGGUCAGUUAUAUUUGAUUGUACACAACAUAUUAAUCAUUUUAUGUUUGCAGCAGUUCACCUUUAAAGGGGAGUUUUUCCCUUAGGCUCUCCCACCAAAGAUUGUAUUGUCAUUUCAAGUAGGAAUGGGCAUCUAAUUAAGAAGACAGGAGCCGCAAAUCGUUUCUCACCCUCCCUCUCAUAUUUUCCCUCAAGAACAAUAGUAGGGACAUUUAAUGCUUAGGUAGAUUUGCCCAAAACCUUGUUUAAAGAAAAUCAGAUUUUAUUUUUAUUUUUAAAAAAAAUGAAACUAUCUCACUAAUACAGUAUGUUUUUCAAUGUUUAUAUUUAUAUAGUAGAUCUCUGUUCACUUUAUUCAUCAUAGACAAUAUGUGUUCAUGUGAAAUUUGAAUGUAUAAGAUUUGUAGUCAGUAGACAGGAUGGCACAUGUCAGUUAUUGCAUUCUGGUUUGGGGACAUGUACUUUUGUAUGACUUCCACCAUAUAAUGAUGCUGAUAUGUGUUAAGCUACAUGCUGCUAUUAAAUUAUGAAGUUGAGAAAUGGCAAUAUAAUGCAGUCUAGAUUUCAUACUAUUACUCUGCCUACAUUAGAACAAAGUACAGUAACUGCCUUGAGUAGUGUAGAAAAAAUAACCACCCCAGCGAGUAAUGGUCAAAUGGUCAAUCCAGCUCACAGUAUAUCUGGCCGACCUGCCAGCUAGGCGCAUACCUCCUACAGUAGGGGCUUCUUCACUACCAGUUGGUCGAGAUGUACAUAACACAUCUGAUCUGAGAGAUCAGCUAUAUCUGCUUGGUUGCACUGUCUGAUGUUAUGUAGCAAGUUGUCAUUAUGUUGGCUUAACUAAUAUUGAAAUGCCAAUCAAUUGAUUAGGAAUCAGUCACCGUGUCUAGACAGUAAUAGUAAAUAGAGUAUAAUAUUAUUUCUAUCAAUUGCCAGCGAGAAUACAAAAUACAUAAUAAUAAUAAAUGCAUUAAUGGUCAUCUUCACAGUUGUAAAAGUGUGGCCAAGCAGACAAUGUUGUAACACUGUAUUGCACAUUUCUGCAUCUCCAAGCAUGGCUUAGUGUAUUACACAGUCACAUAAUUCAAGAUUUAGGGGGAGAUUUAUCAAAGCUUGGGGAGAGAUAAAAUACCAAUCAAUCAGCUCCUAACUUCCAUUUUUUAGGCUGUGACAGUUAGGAGCUAAUUAGUUAUUACUUUAUCCCCUUUAUCUCUCUCCAGACUUUUCUAAAUCUUCCCCUUAGCUCUGUUUGAACAGAGGAAGGAGGCAGAAUGGGGUUGAUAUGGGGCUUCUUGCUGAAUGCAAGGUAGGUUACAUUAGGUGCCCAUGUGCAAAUAGAAGAUUUUGUGUUGCAGAGCAAGAUAUUUAUAUGAACUUCAACUGGUGGAAAUAUGAGACAUAUCAAUGGAUCAAUAUCUUGUCUCCCUCUGCCACAAAGUAACAGUCUUGGAGCUGCCCGAGGUUGGAUCUUGGCUUAUACUUUCUGUGACAUGCCAUAUAUAAUAACAAUAUGUACUUUAUAUUGGGAAAGCCAUAUUUUAUGUACAUAAAUACUAUUCUAAUAAAAACAUUAACAUUUUUAUAAGUAGCAAGAGAAGCAAAAACAGCCUCUAUGUUACCAUAUUCUCAUGUGUUAUUUAAAACAUAAAGGUACUGUAUUAUAAAAUCUAUAUACUUAACCCUUAGUAGGUAUAUUACAAAACAGCGAUAUAACUCCUUUAAUAAAUGUUCUUCACAACACGGAGAGAAAAAUAUCAGAAACCUAAAAAUAGAUAAAUACAAACAUACAUUUUAUGAAACAAUAUGUUAAACAACUAAUUAAAGUAGUGAUAAUAUCACUAUAAAGCCACGAAAUAGGAAUAAUAAGCUCUCCUGUCUAGAUAUUGUUCAACAAGCUACUGUAACCUAGCUGAGGACUUGCAUACCUAAGUUCUUUAAUUGCAUCAUGAAAUGAAAAGUAUACAAGUUUGUUUAUUUGUUGUUUUUGUAAACACAUUGAUUGCAGGCCUAAUUAGCUAUGUACUGUAUCUUUUCUAUACACUCAGCUGACCAAUUUGGGAUGCUUGAAAAGGAAAUUAGGCUGCUGGGCUGUUUCCUUCCCACUGAGUUCCUUUGAUCUUCCUAUCUUACUAAGUCUCUGUAGGUCGAGGAUCAAACAGUGCAAGUUCAGGCUCAACACGUAAGACAAGCUGUCAAGAACAAAAAUCCUCUUCAACAGGGUAAAGGCUCCGUGGGCUAAAAAAACAACUUCAAGGACAAAUGUGUGUACAUGACAUGUGCGUAGAAAUUGUAUUAAACUAAUUCUGCUGACUAAAAGCUAUUUUGCUCACAAACACACAUGUAAAAAAUAGGUUUUAGGUAAAAGCUAAAGGAAAUAUAUCAUUGGAGCUUAUGUAACCUGCAAUUAUGGCAGAUUGCAUAAUGUCAAAUACAUAUGUAAAAAAUUGGCUCUUUCCCAUGCCCAGAAAACUGUUGACACACAUAUGAGUGUACGUAUGUAGAUUUAUUACAACCUGAUUUUCAUCUUCUGCAAUUUACAGAUAAAGGUAAACAGCUAAAGCAACAAAAGUGAAGUAACAUUUUCUAUUGCAUAUUAAAUAGGAUUUUCACCUUCCUGCCGUGCGAUCCAAUCAGGACUUGGCUGUCAUUUCAUUUCCAGCAGUGCUUUACACUCUCUGGUAUACAGAGACCACUAAAGAGGCUGGCUGUAAAAGUGCCCAAUAACAUUGAACAACAAAGACAUACUUUUAAUUGGUUUCCUGUCUAAUAAAAGUAAUUUUUUGAGGUCAAGAAAAACCAAUAUUACUAGCUACAGUUUUUGGGUUACACUACUUGAUCUAUAUGUAGUACAGUAAUAAAAGGGUCUAUGUACUAAGCCUUGGAUGAAGAGAGUGGACGGAGAUAAAGUACCAACCAAUCAGCUCCUAACUGUCAUGUCACAGGCUGGGUUUGAAAAAUUACAGCAGCUGAUUGGCUGAUACUUUAUCCCCAUCCACUUUAUCUCCAUCCAAGGCUUAGUAAAUAGACCCCAUAGUUCUUAGGAAAAGGAAUUUUAAAAUAAUAUGAUAUGUUCUUGAUAUAAUAUAAAUAAGUGGUUUCAAUUCAAUCAAUCGCAAGAAAGAACACAAAAUGAAACAACAUACAGCAACCGAAAGAACUAUCUCAAAUAGUGGCCUAUUCAUAAGAGCAUUUUUUCUUUGUCUGACGCUAGUACUCCUCUUCUGGGGAAUAUCUUGUCAGUGUUCAACAGUAGUCACAAGCAAAGUAGUGUUCCAUCUACCCUGAUAUCUUUGUUCCCUUGCUGAAAUGUCUUGGUGGAAUCGCUCACCAGACUCAAACCUUACUGCACCACAGUUGUCAUGGAAGAAGUCAAGAUAAGAGUCAAGAAAGUGGAUUUUGAGUAACAUGCUGCAGCCUAAUUGAUGAUACUUUUACCCAAGAAGCCAUGCACAACACCUUUAAAGGCUUCCCAAGCUGCUUUCUCCUUAAACUUAAGGACUUGGUUGAAGUUUUCAUACUUAAGAAGUUGACAAAUUUGCGGAUCAACAAAGAUUCCUUCUUUAACCUUAGCAUCACUCAGAAGUGUCCAUUUUCCUCUCAGGUACUUGAAAGCUUCUCCAUCAUUGUUCAUUACCUUUACAAAGUUCUUCAUAAGUCCAAGUUUGAUGUUUAAAGAGGGCAGAAGAAUUUUUCUUUGAUCAAACCAGAGGACUGUGAUGGACAUUUAUUUCCCCAGGGCACAGAUUUUUCCUUGGAGGCCACAUUUUUCUAUUGUAGUGUGAAGACCUAGCCUGACUGACCCACAUAAACAGGAAACAGCAGUACUUAGAGUAUCCCAACUGUAUACCCAGCAGUAUUGCAAUCACCUCCAGAUUGGUGGUCUUUGCUUUUAGAAGUAAUUUUAUAUUCAGAUAUGUUUCCUUCAUGUCGACAGCAUAGCCUACAGGAAUUGAAGGAUAAUUGGCAUUGUGCAGCAACACAACUUUUAAAAUAAACCUUGAUGAGACAAUGAUAGCCUCCAGUCCUGUGGGCUGUGCUCCACAUGCAAAGCUGACAUCAAACCACUGACAUUACAGCAGGCAACAAGGCUAUUUUCAUUAAUAAAAUAUUGACUCAUAUAUUUUUUCCAACUCCUGUACACAGACACGUUGAUUCUAGGUUGCAGAAGAUUCCACUGUUUGAGCCUUGAUCUCAGAAUCUCUGAUUUGUGUUUCAAUAGGUAUAUUUCUCAAAUUAGAUUACUUAGUUCACUAUGAGUAUGUCUAUGUGGUUCACUCUGCAAUUCAGGCUGUGACACAAAAUCAGAAUCCUGUAAUGUUGAAGGCUCAGGUGUUUCCUCCCUCACUCUGAACCCAUCUACAUCUGCCUGCAGACUGCACUCUUCUGGAGGGUGAGAUAUAAGCAGAUCAUCCACAUGUGGCACUGGCUGAAUACAGAAUGUUGGGGCAUUCCAUAUUCAUCUUUUAUUUUCUUAGUAAAAAGGAGGUACCAUGCAGAAAUAGCAAUUUAUCUGUAUGAUUUGCAGGCUCCCUCACAAAUCAUUGACCAUCCUUUUUUACUCAACUAUCCACAUAACAUGUAUUGCACAAUAUGAAAUGCCUAGGGUUUGUCCUGUUCCCCUACCUUGCCUCCAAAAUAAUGAUAGUGGGCUGUCUGCAGAAGUGGAGUAAUUUGGUGUUUCUGGGUGGAAAAUAUUACCACACACAAUAAUUGUCAGUAAUGUAAUUUAUGUGGCAUCCUGGCUUUUAACAUAAAUUAUAACCACAAUACUCAAACAAAAGAAAGGAACUUGUGUCCUUCAGUUGAUGCAAGCUAUAUGCAGACACUAAACAAAUCAUGGCCUACAUUGACUCAGCAUUCCCAUGUUAAGGUUUGUCAACCUAUAUAUUCUCUAGAGUCCAAAAUUCCCUAGUAUAUUACAAAAUACCACAAAGGUGCAAUAUCUUGGGACAGGGCCGCCAUCAGGAAUUCUGGGGCCUGGGACUCCAAAAUAGGCAGGGCCCCUCUCCCCCCCCCCCCCCAAAAAAAAAAUUAAGAAA